UAUCGCAACACAUUAAACCCCUGGUUUUGUAUGCGUCCUAUUCAUAACCAGCGAAAAAUAAAGCACACCAUUGUUGCUCGUAAUAAUUACACGAAAUAAUCUGAAAGGCGACGGUGCAAUCAAUCCGUUUUUCUCCUUUCUUUUUAUACUGGUUAAACAACCAAAACGGUCACACAGAUAUAUUUGAACAUGCAAAAUAAAUACUAUAUUUUAAACAAUAUUAUAUAUAUAAUAGAAUAUAUUGUAUAAUACGUUAUACAUUUCUGUAAAAGUGUGCUAUAUUUCCGUGAAUUUGGUCGUGAAAUUAAAUCAGAUCUAAAUACAGGCGAUUUUGUAAUUUAAUUGGAAUGCCCAAUUUAUUCAAUAGACGAUUUUAAUCUACUUAUUGAAUCUAUUAGUAGUUCACACAUAAACGCGCAAACUCACUAACAUAUAUAAAUAGUAUUAUAUAUAUAAUUAAAACCACACACACACACACAUUUAAAUAAAAGUACAAACUAUCGCCCAUUUUGAUACAUAUACCAUACUCUCAAAUAGCAAUAUCAGUACGUGAUGCAUUUAAUUUGCAUUUACAUUCAUCAAACAAAAAUAAAAGGGCAUAAAACUGUAAUACCAAACAAUAGGAGACGGAGUCCCGUUCCACGGGUAAAUAAAGAUAAAAACUUGUGUUUUUUAACUGAGCCCUCUCUCCUAGAACCAACAAUAUCAUUUUAAAGUGUACCUGAACAGCAGGUAUAAAUACAAAUUAGGUUCCUUCUUGAUAUUAAAAUCAAAAUAUGAAUAAAGAAAGAGCUGCGUUAUUUACUUUUCAGAAUAGAGGUGGGAGUCCACGAGUAUGGUAAUUAGAUGGAGUGGGGGGUGGAAAGGGGGUGGAAUAUCAAUUUUUAUUGCAUCACCUGUCAGUAGCGUCCAAUCAGCGCCGGGCUUUGGAAGCAUUAAUUGAUGAAGGUGUCUCCAGACUUGCUCACUUCCCUCUGUCAUUUAUUUGUAGCUAAACCAGCGGCGGGAAGGGCAGCUGCAUUUUCGGUUCUCAUUUCCCUCUCUCUCUCUGCUCUCUCUUUCUUGCUCACUCCCCCUCUCUCUCUCCGUGUCCCUCUCAUUCAGCCUGAGCUGUUCACCUUCCUCCUCCUCUCUGGGUUAAUGGAGAGAGAAGCAGAAGAGCGCAGGUACAGGAGCGCAGACAGACAGCAGCCUGUCUGUCUACAGCAUCAUUCACAUUUUAUUCCUUAUGUCGUCACCAUGGAAAUGGAUUAAUUUUUAUACGUACUGUUAUUUUUCAACCCUCGAAGUUUUGCGUUUUUGAAACAGCAUUGAUAAGACAAUUGACAUCUCCAGCUGGACCAGCAGAAAUGCCUUGAGAGAGGCAGCCGGUUUGCUGCGGAUACCCAUCAAGCCAGAUGUGUGGAUUAAUACUAUAGACAAAAUGGGAGACUUGGAGUCUGGAUUUGAAGAGAUGGAAGGCGUGAAGCUUGGAUACCUGGUUAUUAAGGGCAAGCAAAUGUUUGCACUCUCUCAAGUCUUUACCGACCUCUUGAAAAAUAUUCCGAGGACUACUGUGCACAAACGAAUGGAUCACUUAAACGUAAAGAAGCACCACUGUGAUCUGGAGGAGCUGCGAAAACUCAAAGCAAUAAAUUCAAUUGCUUUCCAUGCGGCUAAAUGUACUCUAAUUUCAAGGGAAGACGUGGAAGCCCUGUAUAUUUCUUGCAAAACUGAACGCGUAUUGAAAUCCAAGAGAAGCAAACUAAAAACAAAGUCAGCAGAGGAUCUGUAUGAUGGACACAUUCGGUCUGAUCCACAAAACAGUUUUUGGAAAGAAAAAGUUUGGCUCAGUCUACACGGAGUGUCUCAGCCUUUUACAUUUAAAAACAAAGCUGGGCGGCAGCACGAGACUGUUUCGCCCCAAGCUUCCAAUCUACCUCAAAUUUACAGUAAAUUCGCAAGCCAUGGCUUCCAUGCAGACGCAAAAUCCGCAUGCCGAAGCCCUAAAAACUUUGAAACAGCUCAAAUACCCAGCAACUGUGUGGCAUUUAAUCCAGGGCAUUCAUUUUUUCGGAGUGUGGUCUGCAGCCGGCAGCCCGUCCUCUAUCAGUCCGCCAUUGCGGUGCAGUCCAAGCUCUCAAGCACCGCUGACCUAACUUAUAAAAGGAAACGACAGUACGACGGCGCUGGGUGGCACUUCUGGAACAAAAGUAGGCACAGUCGUCGGGUUCUGCUUGUCCCCAAGUGCUGUAAGUCAAAAGUAUCCAACGGCCAUUUAAAUAAAUUUCACAUCGACCGUGAGCUGUACCUUGCCCACCAGAAUGUAGGGAAUUUUCAGGAGAGCUGUAGCAGUGACACUGAAUCGAGUUCUUAUUCCGAGCGUGCCGACAAUGACUCGGAUUUCGGUUCUAGUCUAUCCACUACUAGUAACUCUGGGACUUCAGAUGACGAAGAUGAUGACUCCCUGUCGGAAUCUUCAGAUGUUAGUUCCGAAGAUGAUAGUUCUUCCGAAUCCGACUCCAGUUCUGUAUCGAGUCAAGUUUCCUUGCAGAGCAUCCGUUACCGGCGCACGAGUUUUUCAACCCUCAACAAUAAAGCACCUUUAGUGACGCAGGCUACUUUUCUAUAUGAUCAACACAGACCAAAAAAUCAGAGCGCAGCAACGUUGUCGGAUUAUGGAAUCUCGAACAGGAAGCUCCCGAAAUCUGACUUCAAACUCUGUGGGAAGAAACAAGAGGUCGGCAACGCAUCAAAGCAGAGUAAAAUCUGCCAACUUGUUCCUGGAACUAGCCUCCCUGAAUCGAAGAGGGAGACAGCUCCUGGGAUUACAUUUUCAAACUUUGAAAUUCCUGAUGACCUAAAGAGGCUUGAACCCACAAUUAACCGUGUUCAAGAAGAGGGGCAUUCACCUUGCUUAAAGGAAAACAAAGACUUCCCUCAACAAAGGGUAUCAGGACAGUCAAACAAAUGCCAUCAAGCCUUGAUCUCACACUGUGCCCAAGACAAAGAAACAAUAGUUUCCCAGUCCUCCGAAAACAAUCCUGUAAAUUUAAAGAAAGAAGCGAAAAUUAGCCAUUGCCUGAAACCUCAUGCAUAUCUCACCAUCAAGGCAGAACCGGAGGAUCACAACACACUCUCAAAUUACCAAGGCGAGAACAGCACCGUACCGAGAACAUCGCCAACUUUACCACAAAAUGUGAAAAUCAAAGUCGAGGAAAACUUUGACGAGUAUGAAUACUCGUGUCAAAUCCCUGAAUUCGGACCGGAACACCACUGCAACGGCAAGGAUCCAGACGUCACUAAUUCGCAACAUCCAUGUGGCGAGGAGAAACCGUCAGAGAAUUUGAAUCACGCAAGCAAAGCCACUGAGUGCACCGACGACCCUGCCACUUCCCAAAAGUCUCCUUCAAAGAACCAGGAAUUUAAAAGCACUUUAAACACUCCAUAUGCAGACGAAGGAGAAUACAAAAAUGGAGCACGGGUUAGAAAGAAUUACAGGACUCUGGUAUUAGGAAAACAGACUGGAAUUCCGAGGACGCCACUUAAAUUGAAUGUGAAAGCUGACAGGAAUCCGCGUUCUACAGGUAAACCCGAGCAUUAUGAAGGAUCAGCAGAGGAUUGUACGGGCGCGACCAAACGAAAACGAGCAUCCAGCAAUGUAGCAGCUGUGAAAAAACCCUUCAGCUUCAUGGCAAAUUUUCCGUCUCCGCCGUCACUAAUUAUCGGCAAUGAUGGGGAUUUGUGUCCUGCGUAUUCCUUGAAGUCUAUGAAGGAUAACAUGUCACCACAUAGGUCUCACCCUGUUUGGAAAUGGCAACUCGGCGGCUCUGCUGUACCACUCCCUCCAAGUCACAGAUUCAGGAAAUUCUAAGAUCAGCUUUUCUAAUAUUUUCUUGGAGGAUAUUAUAAUGAUAUGCCAAAACUCUGGAAACGUCUUAAAAAUGGAAUAAGAUGCACUGAGGAGUUACAACCUACGACGGUCAUGGAUUUUAUUUUUUUUUGUGAAUCAGCGUUCCACGUUAAGGAACCCUUUCUGCAGUAACUACAGUGCCCCUCGUUUGUAGCUGGAACACAUUCAGGCGUUUACCGACUAAUAACAUGUACCUCAAGGAUUUCUACCGAUAAAAAGGCGAAAGCGAGUAACUCAAUCGUCACUUCGUAGCUUCGCGAAAAAUGACGUAAUUGUUGUGUUCGGAAUCAUCUUCUUACGAUGGAUCGUGCUGUUAUUAAAGUGUGAUAUUAUUCGCUAGCGGAGACAGACACUCUUUUGCUUAGUCUUUUUUUGCCCUGCCAUGAAAUGUCGUUUCUUAUUAAUUCAAUUUUAGCACCAUACAUGCAAGCGUGAUUAAAUCGUUUUUUUUUUUUUUUGACAAAUUUACUCUGAGUAGUUUCAACCUCGUUGUAGUUUCCCCACUCAACAAUUUGUCAGCAACUUUGAUAUCUUCAUUGCCUUUUGCAUUUCUUUUUGCUCGUUAUUAUUAAGUGUACUGUUAAAAAGCAUAUUCCUCGUUUUUGUUUUGUCAGUUAACACCCAGACACCCCCUUAAAAGCAACAUGCAACCCUGACUGUAGGCCCACCGGAGCCGGCCUUAAUUAUUGACAAUCAGAAGGAGCUGUUGAGAUUUGCACGAGGUUAAGUGAAAGAUAACUACAAAUACCGAAUCGAUGUCUUUGUAGCACAUUCUCAAAAUUACCAUAUAUAAAACUAACCUAAAGCACAAAACAUCAAAUCCAUGCAGCCACUUGUUUAUUGUUCCGAUUAGAACACCGUGUAUUGUUUAAGAUGGCAAAAACAAAUACGUAUAAAAUCCAGGAAUUCCGAAAAUGUUGUUAAAGUAGAUGCUGAUCAUGAGAUGUAGUAAAUCGUGAACGCUUACGAAUGUUUAUUUCUCCCGUUUCUGCUUCAGACACAGGGAUAUUCAAAGUGGGAUUCUCUUUCAUUUAUACAAAACAGCAAGUCGCUAUUCAUUACUUUCACACUGGGUUAAAAGAAACGACGACAGUACGCCAAUGUUUGUUUCAUACAGCCCUGCAUCUGAAACGUUGAGAUGCGGUGGCUGGCGAUUAAUGUUGCUCUUUAUCGGAGGGCGAGUCAAUGUUACACGCAUCCCCAAAUCAUUGCAUAAUUGUCACUGCUGCAUAGGUGCUAGUUCCGAAACAUAAUUCAUUGCAAUCAAGACGAAGUACGUGCCUGAAAAACAAAGUUUACAGGCGUGUCUCUCUCGUUAAAAUUGAUAGAAACUCGUGCCAAAAAUAUCAUUUGAGGAGAAGGCUAAACGGCUAAAGAAAAAAGUAACGUGUUUUACUAAUUGAACACGUUGCACUGAAAACCAGCGAUUUUUAUGGUGCUGAGGGCUUUUUAAAAACUGGAGUUUUUUUUAAGACUUUCGCUGUUUAACAGAAAAAUCUGCUUUUCCGUAUUAUUGAAUUAAUUGACAUUUGGAGGUUUGUUAUUUUCAAGAUGAGUUUCGAAAUAGCUCUCCUUAGCCAUUUUCAAUUUUUAAUAAGAUGAGUAACCUAUACUUUAAUAACCCAUAUACAGACUUUCAUUCUGACAAUAAAAUUCAUAUUUACACUAUUUAAUUUUAUAUAUGCUAUUUUAAAUAAUACAACGUCGAAAGUUUUCAGGCUAAAAUAGCAUCCGAAGACAUCUUUAAUUAGGCAAAAAAUUAUAAAAAAAACAUUUUUAAUUAGACUAUCCCACAGUCAGCAUGAAAUUCCAGCUGUUAAAUACAACCAACACCAUGAAUAAGCUAAAAUCGUAUUCUUUGGGAUAUAAAUAAAUUAUAGCUCUAGAAGACGAAACCUCCAGAACUGUAGUGUCAACAUUGGUAAUAAUCAAUGGUGACAGUCCAGUUGCCACAAACACAGGAAUAUCAGUGAUAUUACAGUUCGUAUUAUGAUUAAAGUCUAAUCACAAAAUUACAUUUAUUACUCAUCUGCAAUGAGAUUGAAAUAUGGAAAUAUCUGUGACGCGCCAUAACUGCUUGUAUCAACGAAAUGCAUCUCGGCGUUAUCUCGUUAUGGGUUUAGGGACUAGAGAAGCUCCGCUUUGAAUACCCCAAAAGCGGUGAAUUGCUGCUGUGACCCUAGGUGUACUGGUCUCUUAUACCACAAAAGUGCUUUCCGGCUAUUAUUUUCUUGUAUACGAUAUACAUCCAUUUGAAACGGGACACCCGAGCAGCGGCCUAAAAGUAAUAGGCAGAAUUAAAUGUAAAAAAGUAAAAUAAUGGUUUACACAAUGUUCAAUGGUUUAUGUAUUAGGCAAUGAAAUGUGGUUGCAUUUUGGAGAGGUUCUGCAAACAGCAAUGGAAGUCCAGACAGUGAUGUCAAUGUACAACUGUAUUGGUGUCGGUGCUUUAGGCUCUACGAUUCCUCUCCAUUGCAUUUUCUAUAAUACUUGAGGUCAGAUUUUUGACGCGACAUUUGAGUCACUGGUUGUGCAUAGAAAAUUGAAUAUUUAUUUUUGUGAUUUACACGUUUUUGUACAUCGUUGUGUAGGAGAAAUGCACUCGAAAUGGAAACUUGAAUGGUGAAUUCUGAAGCACUUUCCUUAUUUUCUGAGCAAUUAAUUGUUCAUUAAAUUCAUUUGAGUGUAAAUGAA